ACGACAGCAAAAUUUGACGUCGAGGAGUCGUUACUUCUGUAUCUCGAAGUUGUAUUAGCUGGCAAGACGAACGUGGUCCGAGACCAAGAAGCGGUGCGAGAUCUCAUCGAGCUCGACGAGCAUCGACUCCCGUUACUCGGACACAUUCUCUCAGUACUGCGGUUUCUCCGCCUCUCUUGCUCUCCCAGUCCGCCAUCCUGACAUCGUGACUAGCCGUAGCCGUCACGAAUGGCUGCAUAAAUACCCCUCAAGCCUCCUUGCCGUGAGGGGCUUGAGGUAGCACAUGCCACUCUUUUAACACUGUACAUUCCGUAACUUCUCUUGUGUCUUGCAGAGAUUGCCGAGCGUCGCUUUGCGUGCUCGGUUCUUCCUCAUUGUCCACCAUUUGAGUCCAUCUCGUGCCUCCGCUAGCCCGUAGCGCAAUCCCGAGCUCCAGUACUGUGGACGUCAAGACCGACAAAAUUACCUUCCGGGCUUGUCUCCGCUUCCUCUACUAAGCGUCGCAUCCCCAGCCAUGGUAGCCACUUCGGUAUCGCGCACGUCGGCGAAGCGCACUCCGUUUCCAUUCCUCGACCUUCCCUUCGAGAUCCGACUGCAAGUCUACGAAAUACUUUUGCAGCAAGAUCGGACGCUAGACCUAGGUUCGGACUACAAUGCGAAGCUCACUCGCUUGUUUCUGCUCUUCCUAGUAUGUCGGCAAAUCCAUCGAGAGGCAUAUCCUGUAUUCUACGGUAUCAACACGUUUCGAAUAUUCUCUACCGAUGCGCCGCGAACGCGAAGGCCACUGCUUUCCCGCAUGCCGCCGCAUCAUCGCGCAGCAGUCACCAAGCUGGAGCUUCGGCUAGGGCCUGAUUGGCGAAAGCCGACUUGGAAGCUUACACCGAAAUACGGCAUGGCUGACUUCACGUCUCUCAGGCUGCUAAAGGUGUUUGUGGAGCUGGACCCGGAAGACAGCGCUAUAUGCAGAGAAUGGAUGGCUUCAUGGUCUUCAUACACCGACUUCAGCGUGCAACUUAUGGAGAACCUAGUAGAUGCAACACCGAACGGUAUCAGCGAAGUCGUGUUUGAUGGAUACCCUUCUGUUCAUAAGAAUGGCCCGUUGAUGAGAGCUUUGCUUGGUUUUUGGACUCGGCAGGGAGCUAAGAUCAGCUAUGGUCCUAUACGAGGUUGGGCAAACGAGAAAGCGGAUCAAGAUGCGCCAAGCAAAGAAAUCACUUUGCUGAGCAAGAGCCUGUCGCAUCUGUCAUUAGGCUUCCCGGCUUUCUAGCCCUGGUCGAGAGACAACCAACACUCCAAGCUGUUCAGAUGCAUUUCAGGCAUCAUAAAGCCAGCCAAACUUGUCCCUCGUAUUUAAGAGAUAUACGUCCUGUCAUUUUUUUAAUUCACGCUGGCCUCGACGUAUAAUUAUUUCCAGGCGAAACUAGAAUAAUCUCAAACAGGACUACCGUAUGAACGGCCUGCCUUCUCCUUCUAUCCCUUAAGCACGCAUCGAGAACUUGAGAGAAAGUGAUAUUCAAACGUGCUUUAUCCCCUGUAAUUCAUGUCUUUACAAUAUACACGAACAAUACAAGCCGCUAUCGAUGCU